GGGCGUGGUUAGGAGGAGGUGGGGGGGGGGGGUCAGCGUGUUUAUAUAUAUAUAUAAGGCGACAAGCAGCUGUCAGGUGUCGAAGCUGUAUAGAAUCCAUCAGACAUGUCUCACGCGUGGGGGUACGCCGCUAACAAUGGUCCGGACAAGUGGGUCGCCAAUUUCCCCAUCGCCGACGGCCCCCGCCAGUCGCCCAUCGACAUCAAUCCGGGUUUGGCGGACUACGACGGGGCGCUUAAGCCGCUCAGCCUCAAGUACGACCCAAGUACCUGCUUGGAUAUUCUCAAUAAUGGACACUCUUUCCAGGUUACCUUUCUGGAUGACAACGACGCCUCCGUUUUGACGGGCGGGCCCGUCUCGGGCGUGUACCGGCUCAAGCAGUUCCACUUCCACUGGGGAGCAUCGGACGACAGGGGUUCGGAGCACACGGUAGCCGGGAACAAAUACCCUGCCGAGCUCCAUCUGGUGCACUGGAACACCAAAUACGCCGAUUUCGGCGAAGCUGCCGGCAAACCUGACGGGCUUGCCGUCGUGGGCGUUUUCCUGCAGAUUGGUGGUGAAAACGCGCAUCUCCAGAAAGUUCUGGACGCGUUUGGCGCCAUCAAGACGAAAGGAAAGCAGACGACGUUCAAGAAUUUCGACCCCAGCUGCCUCCUGCCCGCAAGACUGGAUUACUGGACGUACGAGGGGUCGCUGACCACGCCCCCUCUGCUGGAGAGCGUCACCUGGAUCGUCUGCAAGGAUCCUAUCGGCGUCAGCUCGACUCAGAUGGAGAAAUUCCGCAGCUUGCUCUUCUCGGCCGAAGGCGAGCCCGAGUGCUGCAUGGUCGACAACUACCGUCCUCCGCAGCCGCUCAAAGGCCGCCAAGUGCGGGCUUUCUUCAAGUGAACGCGCCGGCUUUGAGCUCCCGUCCGUCCCCCUGAGUUGCGAUUGGAAUUUGUAAAUGAGACUUUUUGAUUUUCAUCUCCAAUACUUUGCUUUUGAACAACACUCCAACCUAUUUGAAGGGGUUUCCUUAUUGUGAAGGUUCAUGUUGUGGUUUAAAUAGAAAAAUCCAGACUCCAUUUUGAUACGAGAAAUUGAAUUUUUGAGCCGGAUGUUUGUUUUGUUGGUGCUUUAUUCUUUCCAAACUUCCAUUUUUAAGUUUAAUUUUGAUGCUUAAAAAUCCAUUAGAAAUUCAAACACUAUUUUAGUACUUGAAUAUGAAUUUUUGCUCAUUUUCUUGUAUUAUUUCUUAACGAUUCAUCAUUUUGAUGUUAAACAUAUGAAAAUAUGUAAGUGUCAAAGAAAAUUUGGAGUGCUUUGAAAUGUGUAAAAGCCAUGUUACAAAUUCAAAUCCCAACUCCGAGGCGCAACUCGAUGUCCAUAACACCUUUCUCGUUUCCCUUCCGUGCCACACACUUGCGGCGUAACGACUCACGUGUCUCCCCUCCCUCCUGUCCGAUUCUCCUUGACGGAACUGUGUGGAACACUUAACGGGCACAAAAAAGCGGGUUGUCCGCCGUCCACUUAGCAAACCCGCCCUCUGGCUACUAAAGGACACCCGGGCAGCUCCCAAACCUUUUUCCUUGAGUGAUUUUAUGCAAAUGGCAUUCUUAAUUAUGGAACACUUUAUUUGAAUGAAAUGUGUCCAAAAAAAAUGAUGAGACAUUCAGUGACGCUUCGUUCAUUCAAUGAAUGACUUAUCUUUGAACAAAUGCACUAAAGACUGAUUGUAUUUUUUUUUCUCAAAUAAAUGACAAAUUAGAUGCCUUAUUAUUAUUUUCCAAUGAUGGUUGUGAACCCCCGUCCAGAAGUUGUAUGUCUUGUUAUUCUCUAUAUGACCAGUUGAAUAAAUCACAUUUAAAAGGAAA